GAAGGAGAGCAAGAGAGAGAGAGAUCCUGACCCUGUCCUUGAAAAAUUAACCAGCCAGGCAGGCAAUAACGUCGGGUUAAUUUCCAAUAUUGAGGGGAGAGAAUUCCGGUUAUAUGGACUCUCCAUCUGUUUCGGCUACCUGUGUCUCUCAUACCAACAAAACGUUUUAUACCCCAUAGAAACAAGAAAGGAAAUCAAAAGAAAAGAAAGCUCCAUCCAACCCUCUUGGUAAAACGUGUCAGCAUCUCUUCUGAGAGAAAGAAGCUGUGUGUCUUCCCCCAUUCUGUCAUCUGGGUCCUGGGAUGUGAAUUAAUUUCAUUCAUUCAGACAAGUGAUCGGGAGGCUGCGGUACUCAUCUAAUAUUGAAGCUCUGCAAAUUUCGAAGAUGGCGAUUUCUUAUCAGCAUUAUGUAGAUCCCGAGUAUGAAUCUUUAAUGGAGAGAAUUCACCCUCCUUGGGUUUCUAUAGAUAACAAAACAUGCCAGGACUGCACACUUGUUAAGGUAGAUAGUGUAAACAGACAUGGGAUUUUACUGGAAAUGGUCCAAGUUUUGACAGACCUAGACCUUGUCAUCUCCAAAUCAUACAUUUCCUCAGACGGUGGCUGGUUCAUGGAUGUAUUCCACGUGACCGACCAGCUCGGCAACAAAAUUACCGAUGAAAGCCUCAUUCAUUACAUUCAACAGGCGAUUUGUGCAAGUAAAAGUGGUGGGAUUACUAAGGAAGUAGAAAGUUGUGUUAAAGGAGAGGUGAGGCCACGCCACGUUUCAACGGAGCAUACGGCAAUAGAGAUGACGUUGAGGGAUAGACCGGGUCUCAUGUCAGAGAUUGCGGCUGCUCUUUACCAAUUAGGCUGCAAGGUCGCUGCUGCUGUUGCGUGGACCCAUAAUACCAGAGUGGCGUGCAUAAUCUACGUGGAAGAAGGGUUGAAAGAUGGGGCAAUUACGGACCCAAACCGCCUGGCGCAAGUGCAAUACCAUAUGGAGAAUGUGGUUGGGGCCCAUCACGAGAAUUGGGAGCGGAGGAGUGUCCGCUUGACAGUGCCCACGGCAGGCAGGACCCAUACAGAGCGGCGGCUGCACCAGUUGAUGUAUGCUGACAUGGAUUAUGAACAGUGUCGUGGCUGUGAUGGUUGCAGCAGGCAGUGGAACGGAUGUGGCAAGACUCAUGUGUCAAUAGAGUCUUGCAAUGAGAAGGGCUAUUCAGUGGUGAAUGUGAGUUGUAGAGACCGACCCAAGCUGUUAUUUGAUACGGUCUGUGUAUUGACGGAUAUGCAGUAUGUAGUGUUCCACGCAGCUGUUAGCUCUAAGGGUUGCAUUGCUAAUCAGGAAUAUUUCAUAAGGCAGAAAGAUGGAUGCACUUUGAAUACAGAGGAUGAGAGGCAUAAACUUAGGAAGUGUUUGAUUGCGGCUGUUGAGCGUAGAGUCUCCCAUGGUCUGAGGUUGGAUAUGCGGACUCAAAACCGGAUGAAGCUGCUCUCGGAUGUGACCAGAGUGUUCCGAGAAAAUGGGUUAUCCAUUUCCGGGGCAGAAAUUGGGACGGAGGCAGACAAAGCUGUUGGAACAUUCUAUGUUACAGAUGCAUCAGGGAAUGAUGUGAAUCCAAACACAGUGGAAAUUGUGAGAAGAGAGAUCGGAGGAUCCGUUUUGGUGGUUAACAAGUCUUCGCCUUGGAUCGGCAGAACCAGAAAUGGUAAUGUAGAAGAGAGGCCGAGAAUGUCGCUAGGAAAUCUAUUACGGGCUCAGCUCGAGCGCCUUUCGGGCAAUUUCAGCCUAAUAAGAUCCUGAGUAGUUCUUAGCUCAGGAACUACAUUCAAGCUUGUACAUUAAGGCCUUGUAUAGUAUGCUUAUAAUUUGAGUUUUUAGUUUUGAUUUUUAUAAAUUUUUUAACAUUAA